CUGCCCCCCCCCCACAAUAAGCCGGAAGUGACAGGGCUGCCCCGGGGGGGCUCAGCAGCUCCUUAUGAGGUCACCUGCUACCCUCCACCUGAGUCGCAUGGCUCCCAACCACCUGAGGAUCGUCCUGGUCCUGGCUCGGGUGGCCUGCAGCGUCACCCUCUGCUCUGAAGAGCCCUCUAGCCACACCGGCCUUCCCUGGUCUGGGCAUACAGUCGGCGCUCACAGGUGAUCGCCAAAGGAAGAGCAGGGUCCUCUCCCUUGCACCCCUCCCACGCCGCUGCUGGGCUCCUGACCCCGUGACUCGGGGCCAAAACCUUCAUGACGUUCAUAGCCACCGUCAGGUCUGGGGUAGCAGGUAGAUUCAGCCACCAUUCCUUAAAGAUCCCCUGCUACGAGCCCUUCCCAGGGCCAGGGACGCAUGUCGCCGCACGUAAUUGACUGAGGAAGAGACUGUUUCCCACAUUUUACAGACGAGAGACCUGAGACCUCUAAAAUGUGUGGAAAGAGCCUGGGCUUUGCAGGUGAGAUCCCGGUUCGAAUCCCCACGCAGCCUCUUUGUUUUCCAGCUCUCAGCGGCCUCCGCUGAGGUAGGAGGAAAGAGUAUAUCUACCUCAUGGGGCUGUUGAUAGUAAAAUAAUGAGCCCCUGUUGUCUGUAGUUCCCGUAGUGAACUGCACAAAGAAUCACUGUCCCCAUUGUUCAGACAAACAAACUGAGGUUGGGGAGUUUGGGUAACUUUCCCACGGUCACACCACAGCGAAUGGGAGAGCGGGAAUCUGCACCCAGGGUCUCCAAGCCAGGCUCUCCCCCAGACCUCCCGCCUCCAGGGCCUCCUGGGGGGCUUCCCUGGGCUAUGAGGGCUUCGGGGCCUUUGGGUGUCGCGGGGAGAAAGCAUGGGCUGCUUUCCCAGCUAGAGCGCCCUGGGCACACGCUGGCGCUAUGGCGUCUGGGGCAGGGGAGGGGCGAGAUUUCCCAGGCAGGGCCUCAGUGCCCAGAGCCAAGCCUCCGCUUGCCUGUCCUGAAAAUGGGGGCGCUGGCAGGCAGAGAGGGGCCGAGGCUCAGGGCUCCCAACACGGGGGGUUGUGGGCAGGGGUGAGGCGGUGAUGUCGGGGCUUGGUAAGUCCUCUCCCACAGGGGAAACCAAGGCCCAGGGGCCAGGCCUCUGCCCCGGCGUGCUGCCGACUGGGGCAGAAUCCCGCGCUCUGGCCAGCGGGCCCUGGGUCACCCUGAGCUGGAGAGCCCACCCGGGGGAGAGCAGAGCCCUCACCCCUUCCCCCAGCCCUGGGAUGCCCACGUGUGUCACCGCGGGUGCACCUUCCCCGGCCCUGCAUGAGCCGGAGGAGACCCAGUCUGCCCUGGAGGACCUGCUCUCCCGGGACCCGACGGUGACAGUUCUACAGAUGGGGAAGCCAAGGACCCUCCCGGACGAUUGCUACAGAGACACGAGGCUGCUGCAUUUGUGGCCCCCUGAGGAGCCAGGGGCGGAUCCUUUCUCUAUGGCUUCAGGGAGGCACCAGAUCAAUCAACUGGACAGUCUCUCAGCCCAGCAUCCUGGAAGGCUGUAGGAACAUGGUGCUCCAAGGGGCUGAGGGAAAGUGGUGUCCUGCGGUCACACGCUGGGGCACGUCUGCCACGUACAGUGUGGCUGAUCCCGGACCAGCCACGUAGCCUUUGUGCCUUAGUUUUCCCUUCUGUAAAAUGGGAGCGAUCAUAUGCCUUCCUCAUGGGGUCACGGGAAGGACUGAUGGAGAAGAUUGAUGUAAAGCAUCUGGAAUGGUCUCUGGUAUACAGUAGGUGCUCAAUAAAUGUUCGUCAUGCCAGCGAUGGGCAGAGAGGUUAAUGGUGGGGGCGCCCGCGAGUGUGUGAGGACGCGCGUGCACGCA